AUGGACCCGUUUAAGAAGAAGCUGGCGCAGCCGGUCGUGAGCACUUGGUCCUCCAAUGUCAAGCAGAUGCUCCAAGCCUCUGAUGAUCCGAAAGAUUUUCACGACACACUGGUGGCUAUGCUCCAGUCCAACGGAGAGCGAUACCAGUUUGCAGUGAGCCUCAUCCAGGAAGGUUGGGAAACCACGGUGUCCAAGCACCAGAACAACUGGGUCAACAUGGGGGUCGUUGGCGCACUGAUCCUCAGCGUUCUGUUCUCAGCCAUGAACCAGCCCUUCGCAAAGUCACCAGCCGACGACAUGUGGCGCGAGCUCCGCGAUUUCUUUGAGAAGGCGUUGGUUGUCCUGAUCUACCUGAGCACAACAUUUGGCCUGGUGGCCGUUAUCUUAUCUAUCACGCUACUGGUCCACAUGAGCUUCUUCGUGCACGACCCCGAUGACCUUCUCUACUUCAUGCUGGUGCACACCGGCAGCUUUGUGGACCUCAGCUUGAUAUUCUGCCUCGUCUGCUUCGGAAUCUCAGUUCCGAUGGCGGCUGUGGUUACGCUGGAAGAUCCCACCAUGCUGAUCACGUUUGUGCCCGUCGCCAUCAUUCUGCUUGGGGUGCUGGGCUUCUACCUCCGCUCCCUCUACUUACUCUCGCGGCGUGAGAAGGCCAAGGCCACACCUUCCCAUAAGCAGAGCUUUGUCCAGAUCGUGGCAGAUGCUUACGCGCAGAUCCAACUCGAAAAUGGCGUCACAGAGGAGCCCACUGGGGAAGGAAAGGUGGUGGAAGUCGUCUCGCCGAAUCGCGCGGACGAGCUCCACGAGUCAAGCAUGUGA